UCGCCAGAUCUAUUAAAUUGAGUGAAAUUGAACGAUUGUCAAAGUUGUGAUGUCUCAUGUGAUUUGACGCGUCUUUGUUUAUGUUUGUGAAUUGUUGAUCUAGAAAAAGUAGAAAAAUGGUGCUUUUGAGGCCGGAGAAUAUCAAAAAAAUGUCUGAGGAGAAGCAGGCUCGGCUUAAGGCAAAGGGCCCUAAGGGAAUUUUUCAUUUCUCGGAUGGAGAUUUGGAGGAAUACAGCACUGAUGAGGAAGAUACUGUUGACAAAGGGGCCAAGGAAAACUCCCUUGUAGAUCCGAGAACACUGACGUGGGGCCCUUGGAUAUCAUAUUUGAUGUGGUCUUUUGGCUCGUCUACGCUUUCGGUGGUCGAUACCAUGGGCGAGUUUUUUGCCAAAGCUUUCGGAAUAACGACUCCAAGGUAUUACUUCGAAUUGGAAGAGCACAAAAAGCGUGAAGAAGAGCAGGCCACAAGAGAUGCUGAGGCGCAGGGCUGGUCACAGCCAGCUUCUGGUUCUGCUGUUGACUCUACUAUUACCAGCCUCAACGAAAUUCCUAACCGCCCUCACCCUGUUGACGUGUAAUGUUAUUGCUUUUUUGCUUAUUUUAAUAUUCACCAAAAUGUAUCUACCAUUACAGUACUUUUAGUACUAUUGUUUUUUACAUUUUUUGUUGCUCACUGAUUUCAUCGUUUGUGCUAUGUUUGCAUUUAUUGAAGCUUUAAAUUCGGUAUUAUACUGGAUGUAUUUUUGUAAAAAUUAUAUUUUGAUAUAUUGUUAACACCUUUAUGACAAUAAAUGUAUUUAUUAGAA